UUUUUCGUUAUUGUUUUUUUUUGUGUAUAUGUGUAGCUUUUGCCAAUAAAAAUCAUCGUCAUUUACAAUCAUCGACGUUGCUGUGGACGAUAGUAUAAAUCUUUUAAUUUACAACGAGCAGAAAUUGGUAAUUAUUUUUUCAAGAUCAUUAAAUCAUCAUUGAAAAAUUUUACCGGAAAGAAACUUUGACGAACAAGCAAAAUAUAAAUUUCCAUAUCGUUUGUCUUUGUCGUUUCCAUUGUUUUCCGGAUUAAAUUUGAUUAUUUUUUUGAAAUUUAUAAAUUAAGAAAUGGCCCUUUUUCGUUUUGGCAAUAUGGAUGAUAUGUUUGGGAACAUUGAUAACAUGAUGAAUCAGAUGAUGGGUGGAAUGUUUGAUCCAUUUGCAAUGACACCAUUUGGUCGUCCUGGUCAGAAUAUGAUGUCACCAUUCAAUCAUAUGAAUCAAUUCCAGAAUAUGUUCUCACAGGCAUCACAGAUGCAAGCUAAUCCUGGUACAUCAUUUGUUUCUUCAUCAUUCAUUUCAUAUUCAAGUAAUGGUAAUCAACCACCGCAAGUGUAUGAAGAAACAAAAAUGAAUCAUGUUGGUCCUAGUGGUGUUCGCGAAGAACGUCAUACAGUACGUGAUUCACGUACCGGUUUACAGAAAAUGAAAGUAGGUCGACAUAUCCAAGAUCGUGGCCAUGUGAUGGAACGAAGUCGAAAUAAUUAUACUGGCGAUGAAGAAGAGAACAAUGAAUUCAUCAACAUCGAGGAAGAGGAAGCACCACAAUUUCAACAGGAAUGGUCAUCACGUAUGUCACGAGCCUAUCCAAAUGGACAACAGCAACAAUAUUUGCAACAGGCACCACAACGUACACGUUUGGCCAUCACUGCUGGACCAAGUAAUGAUAAUCAUUAUCAAUAUCAAUCAACACAAUCACCUGGUCCAAUUAUAACACAUCCACCUAGUACAUCACCACCGCCGACAGCCAAUCUAUCGACCAGUAAUAAUAGUAAUUCGUAUCAAUAUUAUCAUCAUGAUUCACCAUCAUCAUCUAGUAAAUCAAGUAAAGUGAAAAAAGCUAAAGAAAUGAAAAAUAGAAAAUAUAAAAAGCCGACCAAUAAUAAUGGCAAGAAAAAUGAGUGAAAAAUCCAUUGUGAAGAAUUGUGAAAUCUUAAAUUUCUUUCUUUCAAUCUUCUUUUUCUUCUUCAAAACCAACAUCACCAAAUAUCAUCAUUAUCAUAAUAAUUAUAA